GACUUACUUUUGGUGAUUUGAGUCUGUCCAAUGUCCACGUGCUGAUUGAUUAGUGACCAACCUUGAUAACUGCAACAGUAACAACAACAACAGUUAUAACAACAACAACUGCAACAACUACUAAGUAAUCACAAACAACUACCUACAACGACCUACUAACCUCCAGGAACCAUGGCCACAGCAGGGCAAGUGGCGGAUAUCGGGUUGAUUGGCCUGGCUGUGAUGGGGCAGAACCUCGUCCUCAACAUGAACGAUCAUGGAUUCAUUGUGUGUGUGUACAACAGAACGGUGCAGAAGGUGGAUGAGUUUCUGGCCAAUGAGGCGAGGGGCACGAAGAUUGUCGGGGCUCACAGCUUGGAAGAGUUUGUCUCGAAGUUGAAGUUGCCAAAACGAGUGAUGUUGCUGGUGAAAGCGGGCAAGCCUGUUGACGAGUUCAUUGAUAAAUUGGUGCCCUUGCUGGGUCCUGGUGACAUCAUCAUUGAUGGGGGCAACUCAGAGUAUACAGAUACCGAUAGGAGGACCAAGUCUUUGUCAGAAAGGGGUAUUUUGUACGUGGGGUCAGGGGUCAGUGGGGGAGAGGAGGGGGCCAGGUUUGGACCAUCACUCAUGCCUGGAGGGAACCAGCAAGCUUGGCCACACAUCAAGGAUAUCUUCCAAAAUGUCGCGGCAAAGGUCGACCAGCAACCCUGCUGUGAUUGGGUUGGAUCAGGCGGUGCGGGACAUUUUGUGAAAAUGGUCCACAAUGGCAUUGAGUAUGGUGACAUGCAGCUGAUCUGUGAGGCCUAUCAUCUAUUGAAGGCAGAGCUAAAACUGACCAAUGAAGAACUAGCCCAGGUAUUUGAGGAUUGGAACAAUUCCGAACUGGAAUCCUUCCUCAUUGAGAUAACCAGGGACAUCUUGAGGUACAAGAAUGAGGAAGGUGUCUAUGUACUGGACAGUAUCAAUGAUCAGGCUGGCCAGAAAGGUACAGGAAAAUGGACAGUUAUCUCUUCACUCGAAUAUGGCAUACCUCUCACAUUGAUUAGUGAGGCGGUCUUCGCACGAGCCUUGUCAGCCCUCAAGAAGGAGAGGAUGGUGGCGGAGAAACAUUUUGGGGGUCCAAUGGACGAGGGGGUGAGUAAAGGAGUGCAGGUUGAUAAGAAGGAGUUCAUUGGACAUGUCAAGAAGGCCUUGUACGCUUCGAAGAUCAUCUCCUACGCUCAGGGCUUCAUGCUCAUGAGGCAGGUGAGUGAAUCGCUACAGUGGGACUUGAACUACGGAGGGAUUGCCCUGAUGUGGAGGGGUGGAUGCAUCAUUAGGAGCAAGUUCUUGGGCGAGAUUAAGAGAGCUUACGACAUGAAUCCACAUUUGAUGAACCUCCUAGUGGAUGACUUCUUCAAGAAUGCCGUCCUCGAUUGUCAGCAUUCUUGGCGCCAAGUCGUGUCACGUGCUUGCCUAAGCGGCAUCCCAGUUCCUGCUUUCUCGUCUGCUCUCUCGUUCUACGAUGGAUACAGGAGCGGCUGGCUGCCUGCCAAUCUACUGCAGGGAUUAAGAGAUUACUUCGGGGCACACACCUACUCGACAUUAGAGCAGCCCGAUAAGUUCGUGCACACAAACUGGACGGGUCAUGGAGGCAGGGUUACAUCGACCACCUACAAUUCUUGAUUCAUAUGCGUACAUAUGUGUGUAUAUAUGUAUAUAUAAGUUUUUAUAAUACACAUGCAUACAUUCAUGCAUACAUACAUACAUACAUAGAUAGAUAUAUACGUUCGUACAUAGAUAGAUACAUACAUUGAUACAUACAUAGAUACAUACAUACAUACAUACCUAAGUACACGCAUACAUACAUACAAACGAACAAACAUAUAUACAUGCAUACAUUUAUAACAUAUAUGUACUGUACACUUAUACAACGAUACGUGCAUACACUAUAUACAAAUACAAAAUACAUCAUUGUUUUUAUUACAGUUGGAUUGAUGCUUGUUGUUAUUGAUUAAUUUAUUUCAUUGUUAAAGCUUAAAGCUUCAUUUUUAUUCGCAAAUUAGGGUUUUCAAAGUUGAAAUUAAUUUUUUAAUUAAACUUUUAUUUUGGAUUUUAGUUUAAUGACUUAUAAAUUAAAUUCUCGACGUUAUUAACGUUAUUCAUCCAUUCAUGUGUGCAUGGUGUAGCAUUUUUUGAAAUUUUUAAUAUUGCAUGUGUUUUACCAGAUGAAUAAAAUUUCCCAGUUUGAUGUGUAAA